AAUGGACGGGAUAAAUCCAAUCACGUCCCCUAUCAUCCGCCCUCCGCCUGUCCCCCUCGCUACCUCCCAGUUCCAAGAACCCGUGAAGUGAAGUGGAAGAGGUGGGCGGAACUCCGGCGAGAUGAUCGCCCGCGGCCUCCUCAGAUCCAGUGCCGCCACCUCGCAGUUUAGCAGGCUGGUGAAAUAUGUAGCUAGUGCUGGAAGCUUGCAAGGAACACACAAUUUUGCAGAGGAGCCUGCCGGAUACUACAGCUCUGAACCAUCACUUCAGGAAACAGAGGAAAAUGGAUUUAAGGGUCAUAGCAUGCUGGCUCCAUUCACAGCUGGAUGGCAGAGCUCCGAUUUGCAUCCGCUUGUUAUAGAUAGAUCUGAGGGCUCUUACGUUUAUGACAUCAAUGGGAAGAAGUAUAUAGAUGCUCUUGCAGGACUGUGGUGUACAGCUUUAGGUGGUAAUGAGCCUCGAUUAAUCAAAGCUGCAACUGAGCAACUAAACAAAUUACCCUUCUACCAUUCCUUUUGGAACCGUACAACCAAACCCUCAUUGGAUCUUGCAAAUGAAAUUCUCAGCAUGUUCACUGCAAGGAAAAUGGGCAAGGUAUUCUUCACAAAUAGUGGUUCAGAAGCAAAUGACUCCCAGGUUAAACUAGUAUGGUAUUAUAACAAUGCACUAGGAAGGCCAAACAAGAAGAAAUUUAUUGCUCGGUCAAAAUCAUAUCAUGGAUCAACAUUAAUAGCAGCUAGUCUAUCGGGUUUGCCUGCACUUCAUCAGAAGUUUGAUCUACCAGCACCUUUUGUUCUGCACACAGACUGCCCUCACUACUGGCGCUUCCAUCUUUCUGAUGAGACAGAAGAAGAGUUUUCAACUAGACUUGCCAACAAUUUGGAGAAUCUUAUCCUCAAAGAAGGACCUGACACAAUUGCUGCUUUCAUUGCAGAACCCGUGAUGGGUGCUGGUGGUGUGAUCCUUCCUCCAAAGACCUAUUUUGAGAAGAUUCAAGCAGUUCUCAAGAAGUAUGACAUCUUACUAAUCGCAGAUGAGGUCAUUACUGCAUUCGGAAGACUAGGGACCAUGUUUGGAUGUGAUAUGUAUAACAUUAAGCCAGAUCUUGUCUCCAUUGCCAAGGCUCUUUCUUCUGCCUAUAUGCCAAUCGGAGCAAUCCUUGUUAGCCCAGAAAUAACGGAUGUAAUUUACUCACAGAGCAAUAAGCUUGGUUCUUUUGCUCAUGGCUUUACAUACUCGGGACAUCCAGUUUCUUGUGCUGUUGCGAUAGAAACAUUGAAGAUUUAUAAAGAAAGGAAUAUCGUUGAACAUGUUAACAAAAUUGCUCCAAGGUUCCAGGAGGGAAUCAAGGCGUUCUCAGGAAGCCCAAUUGUUGGCGAGAUACGUGGUCAGGGACUGAUACUUGGAACUGAAUUUGUCGACAACAAAUCGCCAAAUGAUCCAUUCCCAGCUGAAUGGGGUGUGGGUUCGAUCUUCGGCACCGAGUGUGAGAAGCGUGGAAUGCUCAUUAGGGUGGCUGGGGAUAGCAUCAUGCUGUCACCCGCACUGAUAAUGACUCCUGAAGAAGUUGAAGAAAUCAUUAUCAAAUUCGACCAUGCCCUGAAGGCCACAGAGGAAAGGAUCGCAGAGCUUAAAUCCAAGAACUAGCUAAUACCGUUGGUUGUAACGAUCUGGGAGAUGAUGAUGACAACAUCUAAUGUACAGAGUAAUUCAUACUUAAUCUCAAAUUCUGAAUAAAGUGCUGGAACUUCGUACUUAUUGUGCAGAA